GGAGCCCGGCGCACGCCCCGGCAUCUUGCUGCUUCUUCCCCCUCCCCCCUGCACCCCUCGUCGCUCCCUCCUUUCCUUUCAUUCCCGGCCCCACCUGCUAAAAUGAACAGCUCGGACGAGGAGAAGCAGCUGCAGCUCAUCACCAGCCUCAAGGAGCAAGCAAUAGGCGAAUAUGAAGACCUUAGAGCAGAGAACCAGAAAACAAAGGAGAAGUGUGACAAAAUCAGGCAAGAACGAGAUGAAGCGGUUAAAAAAUUGGAGGAAUUUCAGAAAAUUUCUCACAUGGUCAUAGAGGAAGUUAACUUUAUGCAGAACCAUCUUGAAAUAGAGAAGACUUGUCGAGAAAGCGCUGAAGCUUUGGCAACAAAGUUAAAUAAAGAAAAUAAAACACUGAAAAGAAUCAGCAUGUUAUACAUGGCCAAGCUGGGACCAGAUGUAAUAACUGAAGAAAUAAACAUCGAUGAAGACGAUUCCGCUGUGGACCCCGAGGGUGCUGCAGAGACGUGUAUCUCAGUCCAUUGUCAGAAGCAAAUCAAAGAACUUCGAGAUCAAAUCGUAUCUGCUCAGGAAGAAAAGAAAAAAUUAUCCAUUGAACUGGAAAAUGUCAAGAGCAAACUGGUAGAAGUAACUGAAGAGGUAAAUAAAGUUAAACAAGAAAAAGCUGCUUUAAAUUCAGAAGUUCUCGAACAGAGAAAAGUCCUAGAAAAAUGCAAUAGAGUGUCCAUGUUAGCGGUAGAAGAAUACGAGGAAAUGCAAGUAAACUUGGAGCUGGAGAAGGACCUUCGGAAAAAGGCAGAGUCAUUUGCACAAGAGAUGUUCAUUGAACAAAACAAGCUAAAGAGACAAAGCCACCUGCUGCUCCAGAGCUCUGCUCCGGACCAGCAGCUUUUGAAAGCUUUAAAUGAAAACGCAAAACUCACCCAGCUCCUUGAAGAAGAGAGAAUUCAGCAUCAACAAAAGGUCAAAGAAUUAGAAGGGCAACUAGAAAAUGAAACACUCAACAAAGAGAUACACAACCUCAAACAGCAACUGGAGCUUCUAGAAGAAGAUAAAAAAGAAUUGGAAUCGAAGUAUCAGAACUCUGAGGAAAAAGCCAGAAAUUUAAAGCAUUCUGUGGAUGAACUCCAGAAACGGGUGAACCAGUCUGAGAAUUCAGUUCCUCCACCACCACCUCCUCCACCACCACUCCCCCCUCCACCUCCCAACCCUAUCAGAUCCCUCAUGUCCAUGAUCCGGAAGCGGUCCCACCCCGGCGGCAGUGGUGCUAAGAAAGAAAAGGCAGCUCAGCCAGAAGCAACUGAAGAAGUCACGGAUCUGAAGAGGCAAGCAGUUGAAGAGAUGAUGGACAGAAUUAAAAAGGGAGUUCACCUCAGACCGGUUAAUCAGACUACCAGACCCAAGACGAAGCCAGAAUCUGCAAAAGGCUCUGAAAGUGCAGUGAAUGAACUCAAAGGAAUACUGGGGGCACUUAACAAAUCCACUAGUUCAAGAAGCUUAAAAUCCCUUCACACUGAAAACAGUGAAACUGAGUUAGAAAGGAUUCUGCGUCGCAGAAAGGUGACAGCAGAAGCGGAUAGCAGUAGUCCAACCGGGAUAUUAGCCACCUCAGAGUCCAAAUCCAUGCCUGUGUUGGGUUCUGUAUCCAGAACAGCCUUGAACAAGAAAACUCUGGAGGCAGAAUUCAACAGCCAGUCCCCCCCAACACCUGAACCAGGUGAAGGGUCGUGUAAAUUGGAAGGAUGCGCAAGUUCCAAGGUUGCGUUUCAGCCUCCCAGUAACACUGGAUUCAGGAGACAGAGCAUUGAUGGUGAAAAACAAGCUGAACCAGUUGUAGUUUUAGAUCCUGUUUCCACACAUGAAGCCCAAACCAAAGACCAGGUCAUUGAAAAAGAUCCAGCUCAACGCAAGGAGGGUGAAGAUGACGUGAAGCCAGCUUGCAAAGAAGAAAGCAUUGAAACAAUAAGAGACACAGACAGCUCUCACUGCUGAUCGGUGAACAGAAGUAAACAGAAGACGGAUGUGCCUGGAGUCCUUUUCAAUAAGCACAUGACUAGUCUGGGAGUGCUGGCGUGGGCUAUCGGGUGUAUUCAGAACACAGGUUCUUUUCUGAAGUCACUUUUGUAAGUAGUUCAGCUAUAUACAUAAGUAAGUUGUUUAGCAAAGUACACAUUCUAGUGGUUUUUGGUUUUUGAUCUUAUAGGGAUAAGAUUUUUCCUAGUUACUGUAUUAAGUGUGACUGCCUUUAGAAGAUUACAAAAAAAAUUCAGAUGAUAUCUUUUAAGGUAAUGUGCAUACCACUCAUCAAAUGAAUUGCUGAACGUUUAUAGCACUUGUGAAUAAUGGAUCAAUAGAACUGACCAACUGAAGGGGAUUUAAAAAUUUCUGAAAGAAGCUUCUGUUUUGGGUCUGUUGCUCUUUUGAUGGAGAAACUGCAGCAGCAUGGAAAUUGUUAGGCACUGUGGCAUAUAGGUCACUUUCUAGGAUGUACUGAGAUAUGCUUCAAAAAAUCAGGCACUGCCAUCCAGCUAGCAGUCCCAUAGCCAGCGUUAAUUAUUCACACUGCUACUGAUGGGAUGGAAAAUACAUGUUUCUGGUUGUGUCCAAAGCCUCCCGAGGACUUUGGUGGGACUGCUCUGGUGGCUUGAAUGGAGAAUCACAGUAAAAGGCUGAACCUGUGAAUUUAAGAGUAUUAUCUUAGUAAACCAGGAGCUCUGUAUGAUGAGUUAAUUAUGUCUUUCUCACGGACUAGUAUGGCACAAGUACCAUAUUUUGUUACAUUUUUCAUGUACAGUGAAGAUAAGCGACAACCACACAAUUUCCUUGCUUCACUGCUGUUUUACAUUACACAGGUUUGUUGUUGUUGUUUUUUUAAGAAAUUAAGUGGUAGUUAGUCUCUAAAAAUACAAUAUUUCAGGCUACCACAGUGACUAAAUAGAAACGUAAUCAGGGAUUUUUUUUUCAACUUAUGCAGCUUUUCAAAGUUGAUUGUUUCAAAAUUGGUGUUUAUUUAAAAUAAGUGGUAAUGUACUUGAAUGCAUUUUUUUCAUGACAAUGAUUCAGUAAUGGUAAUUUUACUAUUAAAGGGAGUGAAAGGCUUGGUUUUGUUAGCAUGGCUCAGCAUGUAGCUGUCAGGUGUUUCUCACCUAAGGGCAAAAGAAAAUGAUAGUAAUAAUUGCAGUUGUAUUUUAUUUUUGCACGUGUGCUAAGGCUUGAGGAGGUGGGUAGGCAGGUAAAUGUACUUCCUAAAUUUGGAGAUAAUUAUCUUUCUAUAAGUUCGUUAUGCUUGACUGUUUCCAUGUUCUUCCAGUGAUGAUUUUACAGUUACUUACCGGUUUACUCAUGGGGAAUUAAAAGGUAAUGGUUUUCAACUGUAAUUUUCCCAAAUUGAAUAAUACUGCUAUAUGAUAUAAUAGCUAUCAACUGCAUUAAUUCACCUAAAUGAGUUCUGAUAAUGCUGUGAUUUGAACUCUCUGCUCCACACUUAUUAAAAAGCACCAAGAGUUUCCCAAUUAAGGCCAAUUGUGGUUAUUGACAUUUUUGGUUUAGCUUCCUAAUCUUGACAUUCUUUAAUAAGAAUAUCAUAAAGGAAUUGAUAACUUUAGCAGUUUUUAAUAACUCACAACGUGGUUUGCUGGGGGAAUUUUAUUCCAUGUUUCUUCAGCUUUUCCUUCCUGGUCCUUGUGUCUGCCGGUUGGUCUGUUGUCGUAUCUCACACACAGUUAUAAAGACUCGCGUGCUUGCCAUCUGUUAUUUCAUCAUGCACAUCGUCAGGAUAAAGCAGUUAU